AUGGAAAAUGGAAGUCUUGACUCAAGGUUGUAUCCAAGGGAAGAGGAGCAAUCUCUAAGUAACAGAUUGAGCGUUAUUCGAAGAUUGGAUGUUGCCAUUGGUGUUGCUUAUGCGUUAGAUUAUCUCCAUCACCAUUGUGAAACAACUAUUGUUCAUUACGAUUUAAAGCCGAGCAACGUACUUCUCGAUGAAGAUAUGGUAGCCCAUGUUGGGGAUUUUAGUUUAGGAAGGUUCCUUUUCGAAACAUCAAAUGAUCCUUCCUUUAGUCAAACCAUGUCAUCUCAGCUAAAAGGUUCUAUAGGCUACAUUCCUCCAGAGUAUGGCACGGGAGGCCAAGUUUCCACACUUGGAGGUGUUUAUAGCUAUGAGAUACUGUUGCUGGAAAUAUUUACAGGAAAAAGACCUACUGAUGACAUGUUCAAAAACGAUCUAAGCAUUUACCAAUUCAUAGUCAUGGCUUUGCCUAGCCAUGUGAUGGACGUUGUUAACCUUUCAAUUCUGGUCGACCUCGAAGCAGAUGGUGAUGUUAACGAUGACAUAGUACAAGAACAAACUCCAUCUUGA